AUGACUGGAUGUAGAAUCGUUAGGGAUUUAGAACCUGAAAAAUUAUUGGUGGGUGCUAAAAAAUUUGGUGUAAAAAUUCGUACUAUACGUGGAGCUACAAUAAAACAACUGAUAAAUCUGAUGAACAAUAAUACAAUUGAUCAGCAUUUUAACAAUUCAUCUCGUGCUAUUAUUUCAAUUGGCUCAAUCGACAUGAAACAAACAGAUUCAAAAGCUGCAAUUGAUGGAAUUAACCAAUUAAUUUUAGCAAUAAAGCGUAAACGUCGAUAUAUUAAACCUGUAUUUGUGACGAUUCCAUCUCAAUUUGACAGCAGUUAA